AUGUCCUCCGCCUUCUUCCCCUCCUACAAGCCCCAGGUCCUCUCCCGCCAGGAGGGCUUCCACCUCCCGUCCCCCGCCCCCUCCCACAACCCCCCGUCCCCCCCGUCCAGCAAUGGCACCCCUAGCAACGCAGCCGCCAACUUCGACCCCAACAACCUCUUCCUCCCACCCUUCCUCUCCAUCCCCGACCCCUUCCGCAAGUUCCCCGCCUCCGCAGACACCGCCGCCGGCAUGGACUUCACCGACGAGCUCGCCAGCCUCAUCAACAGCGAGCACCAGUCCAGCGAGCGCUCCACCCAGAACGGCGCGUCCCACAACGGCAAUCCGUACGAGGAGUACCGUCCGCCCACACACAACAUCUUCGACAUCUCCGCCCCGACAUCCCACCAUCACCACUCCGCGCACUCCCACUCCCAGUCGUUCCACCCGCAGUCGCCCUUCUCCCUCGGCUCCUCCAACAACCCCAACGGCAACAACAACCAGCAGCAGCAAGCCCCCGAGUUCGCCCACGGCAACUUCAACAGCACCCUCCCCGCCCUCGGCUCCUCCAUGCGCUACGAGCCGCCACCCGCGCCACACUCGCCCUUCUCGCUCUCGCACUCGCAACACAGCCAGGGGCUCGCCCACCCGCUCGGCACGCCCGGCGCCGAGCCCUCCUCCGUCUCCUCCUUCUCCUCGCACCUCUCCUCGCUCUCCUUCUCCACCGCGGGCAACACCCCCGGCCAGGGCGACCUCCUCGGCCACCCCGGCGGGCAGCGCCAGACACCCUCGCCCGUGUCCGUCGCGUCGCCCACCGAGUUCUCGCGCUCGCGCUCGCGCAGCACGACCCGCCAGUCCCAGUCCGCGCAGCAGCAGGGCGAGCCGCCCUCGACGAACGGCGGGCCCGCGCGCCGCACGCGCGCGAAGCGCGGCAGCGUCAGCUCCGUGAGCCCGCCCCCGCUGCACCGCGGCCACACGCAGCCGCUCAUCAUCCCCGGCAACAACAUCGGCGGCAUGGGCGGCGUGAACGGCAUGAACGGCCGCGGCCCCGCGAGCCCGCUCGGCCUCCACGGGAGCGGCUGGUUCGUCCCCGGCGGGCAGGGCGAGUUCAGCCUGCCCACGCCGGACAGCGUCCACGGCGGCUUCUCCGCGUUCACCGGGGCGUCGUCCCUCCCGGCGAACGGGCUGGGUGUCUCGCCGAAGGACGUGUCCUCCGCCGCAGGCGCGCUCGGCAAGUCGCUGAACCUCCCGGGCCUCGCGGGCGCGGGGGGCGAGAGUCCGCCGGGCGCGGACCUCGCGACGAAGCAGGCACUCAUCGCGAGCGAGAAGCGGAGGCGGCGGCGGGAGAGCCACAACGCGGUCGAGCGGCGCAGGCGGGACAACAUCAACGAGAAGAUCAGCGAGCUGGCGACGUUGAUACCGGAGUGUUUGCUGGACCCGAAUGCGACGAUGACGAUGCCUGCGUCGCUCUCGGCGUCGUCAGACGAUUUGCUCUUCGGUGGCGCUCCCGGUCCGUCGGCGUCCGCUGCUGCUGUUAACGGCGCCAACCUCGACGCAGCCGGAGCGAAGAAGGAAGAGAAGGACGGGAGCGCGGAGCGUGAUGAUAAGGACGGGCAGGAUGGUAAUGCGGCGGCGGUCAAGGCGAAUAAGGGCAUGAUCCUGAAGAAGAGCGUCGAAUAUAUUCGGUACCUCCAGCAGCUCGUCUCCGCGCAGGCCUCACGCAACCGCGAACUCGAACAGCAACUGCAAUCAUUCCGCUCGUCGUCUGUGCCGUCCUCGGACCUGGACGACGGCGCGCUCGUGCUGCACGAGGAGGUCGCAGAGGACUUCACGCUCUUCGGCUCGCCCUCGCCCGCGGCGCACUCGGCCCCGGCCCACCGGCAUGCGAACGGGAAGCGGAAGAAGUUCUCGCGCGGGGAGCUUGCGAGCGUGGAGGAGAUGGACAUGGACGACGACGCGGACGUGGACAUGCAGGACGGGGACGGGGAGGAGACCGAGAAGAGCAGCCCGAGCGCGAUGGGCGAGGAGGAGGACGAAGGAGAGGGGGAAAGAGAGGAGGAGCUGCGGGGGAGGAAGGGGCGGGACGGGCGUCCAGCGGGCUUGAAGGAGAGGGUGAAGCUCGAGGAGAACGGCGAGAUGGAGACGUCAUGA